AUGGCCAGUCACUAUCAAUACGUCUACUGCAACGACAGCAACAACUUGGUAGCAGCACGUAAUGAAGACCGGUGUAUGUGUAGACCUGGUUAUAUCAGGACAUCCGCACACAGAUGUGAAUCCAUUUUCAACAAGCUAAAUAUAAACGUUACUGGCGAAGGGCUUGGGAGUUCAAACGUCACUGUUUUCAGCUUGAUUGAUUCAGAGUGGAGGGUGCACAGUGUGUUCACACAGAAUACACUUUACCUGCUGGCUAAUCUCUCCUUACCUGAAGGGAGAUUUGCCAUCAGAUCUGCUGAGCGGAUCAUCUACACGUUUUCCGAAUCUAUUCAGGAAGCUGACACUGUUGCAGCAGAGCUGGCCAAGAAUCCCUCCCAAUUCCUCACCGUGAAUGCCAGCUCGAAUGAUAAAUUUAUCCUGGUGCCCACAGCCCAUCUGCGCAGCUACCUGGUCAACUUAAGAGUUUGGUUUCGGCCAUACAAAGUCGAAUGCGUUGACAUUCCUGGUACAAACCAGUCAGACAUCUGUAGUUACAGUUUGUUUGAUGAGACACUCCUGUUCAAGGAUGGCCUAUACGAGUUUGCCCUGUCUCCACUCAACACUACAGUACCUGUUCUAUACACAGUUCACUCAAGACCAACUACCACUGCACCUCUGAUGCCCGGCAUGCCAGGUAACAGUGCUUCCGUAACUUCUUCACCCACAGUCACCAUAGAUCGUAGACGUGGCAUCACAGACACAAGUACAUGCAUCAACUCUACGCCAUCGGCCCGCAGUGAGAACAGUACUGAUUCUACAAUAACUACGUCCCGGGUGAACAAGUUGAUCAUGUAUUCCACUCUCGUAACAGCACUGUUCAUGACGGAGAUCUUUGCAGCCAUCACACUGAUAUACAUAACAUACCAGGCAAGAAACUAGAUCUUAGUCACUAUCGCAAUUCCGGAUCUGUUGUU